AUAUUAUUUAUUAAAAUUACAGAAGUGGUCUGCAUAGGCAUUGAUCUGGAAGUUUCUUAGAGAAAGAAAUAAUAAGAAUAAAUUGGAGGGGCUUCUUUCUUUGAAUCAAUUUCAGAUUGAAGGAAGACAUUUUUGUUUCAUAACAUUUUCAAUUUCCCUCUUCACUUUACUCUCAUUUUUCGCUUCCCGCUUUCAACUCACAUUCUCUCUGUACUAACCUGGGAGAGAGUGUGGUGUGGCUGGUUACAGUAUUGUCAACUAUUUAACUCAAUUAUCUUAACUCAACUCUCUCUCUCUCUCUCUCUCUCUCUUCGUAGCUGCGGUGCAUGUGAAAAUGUUGCACCGCAUCUGGGUUGUGAAUUUGUGAAUAGGGGGAAGUCUCCCUGUCUAUGCAUUACUGUGAGAUUGAUAGAAGUACGGUAAUUGGGGGGCUUUGACUUAGGUUCACCAUGGAGUGCAACAAGGAUGAGGCUCUGAGGGCUAAGCAGAUUGCUGAAAAUAAAAUGCAAGCUGGUGAUUUUCAAGGGGCACUGAAGUUUGCUAUGAAGGCAGAAAAACUGUUUCCUGAGAUUCAGAACAUAGUUCAGAUCCUUGCAGUUUGUGAGGUUCACUGUGCUGCACAGAACAAAUUCUCUGGGUCUGACAUGGACUGGUAUGGAAUUCUUCAGGCUCAACGAUUUGCUGAUGAAGCAACUAUAAAGAAACAGUAUAGGAAGCUUGCGCUGCUACUUCAUCCUGAUAAAAAUAAAUCUGCUGGUGCAGAAGCUGCUUUCAAGUUGAUUGGAGAAGCUAACAGAGUGUUGGGUGACCAAACAAGGCGUACUUUGUAUGACUCGAGGUUUAGAGUUCAUGUGGGAUUUACAGCACCAAAGGUUCCACCCUGUCACCCAAAUGGGAAUUCUUUUGGGACAAAAUGUGAUGGAAAUGGAAGAAAUUAUCAGAACAAUUUUUUUUCACACUCCCAUGCUUGGAAUUCCCAUCAGCGGGUUGAACAUCAGACAUUUUGGACAUCUUGCCCACAUUGUAAUACUAGAUAUCAAUACUACAAAACCAUUUUAAAUACUGCCUUGUGCUGUCAACAAUGUUCUAAAACCUUUACAGCUCAUGAUGUGGGGCAGUAUGGUGUGCCUCCAGGAUAUCAGGCAUCAUUUAAUAGCCAGAAAGAUCAUUCCAAACAUGCUCCACCAAAAGAUGCAUCAAAAAACACUGGUGGAAAAUUCUCUGGUAGAGGACAGGAUGAUAAGUUUAAGAAGUAUUGUCCUGUAUCUAUGACAAAAUGUUCUGCUGGAGGUGGUGUCUCUUCUAAAGUUGAAAAGAACAAAGAUGGCCAUGUGGCUUCAGGAGUGACAAAGGCUGGUGCUGGAACGUCCAACCCUGCUACUUCGAAAGCCAAGGAAUCACAAACCUCUACAAGUGUUGGAAGUAAGAGAGCAAGGCAGUCAACUUCAGAUUUGAGAGAUGAUAAAAAGGAUGGAAGUAGUAAGGACAUGAAAGAUACCAAUGUUCAAGAAAAUGGUGCUGAUCCUUUUGGAUUUAAUGCAGGAGAUCACCUCAGGAGAUCUUCCAGGAAAAAACACCAUGUUUCGUUCACAGAAACUACUCAAGAUGGUGAUUCUGGGGGUCCUUUCAAAAGGCCACGACAACAUGAGUUAUUUACCUCUGCUGAAGUGGAGAAAAGACAAGUGCCUGCAAGUGGUGUGUCGUUCAGUAACAAUAGACCAGCUAUUUUUACUGCUGGUGUGGGCAGUCAGAAUGAAGAGAUGAGAAAUAAAGCAAGUUCACCACCUGAAGAUACAUCUUUAAGGAAUAAAACCAAAGUUGAGGAAACAAAUGUGCAAAGAAAGGAGGCAUCCAACUCAGAUCUUAAUAAUAGAAAGUCAAAGGCUGAGAAUUGUUCUUCAGUGAAGUCAAAUUUACCUCCCAAUUUAGAGAUUUGCUGUCCUGAUCCAGAUUUCAAUGAUUUUGAGAAGGAUAAGGAAGAGGAUUGUUUUGCUAUUAAUCAAUUAUGGGCGAUUUUUGAUAAUACUGAUGGUAUGCCAAGAUUCUAUGCUUUGGUCAAGAAAGUAUUCUCCCCUUUCAAGUUACAGAUUAUUUGGCUGGAACCUGACUCCGAUGUCCAAGAUGAGAUUGACUGGCAUGAAGCUGGCUUGCCGGUUGCUUGUGGUAAGUUCAAACUUGGUCAUUCUCAGAGAACUACAGAUCGUUUUAUGUUCUCUCAUCAGAUGCACUGCAUAAAAGAAAUUAGCACGGGUACUUAUCUGGUAUAUCCAAAGAAGGGAGAAACUUGGGCGAUUUUUAGACAUUGGGACAUUAAAUGGAGUUCUAAUCCAAAAGAGCAUUCAGAGUAUCAAUUUCAAUAUGUGGAAGUUCUUUCUGAUUUUGAUGAGAAUGUUGGCAUUAAAGUUGCUUAUCUUGGCAAACUGAAAGGGUUUGUUAGUCUCUUUCAGAAAACUAUGGAGAACAAAAUUAGCAUAUUUUGUGUUCCACCUAAUGAGCUAUAUAGAUUCUCACAUCAGAUUCCUUCAUAUAAGAUGACAGGUGAUGAAAGGAAAGGUGUUCCAAGAGGAUCUUUUGAACUUGACCCUGCUGCUCUGCCUAUUAGUUUUUUUGAAAUUGGUGAUCCUGGUCUUGUGAAGAUGGAGGAUGGAAUGUUAAACAAUGGAGUCAAUUGUUCACACCGUGAAUAUUCUAAGGGUAAAGUUGAACAGGCAACGUCUAACGACAGCAUUCACAAAGCACAGUCGCAAGAGAGUAGUGAUGCCAAAAAAGUUUCCCCAAUCCUCAGAAGAUCACCAAGGUCAAACCACAAAAGUAUGGACAAUGGUCAAGCAAGCAAUGGUCAAUAUACAGUCAGAAAGGAUGAAAAAAACAUUGGCUGCAGCGACUACAAUCAACCAGAGGGAACCACUGCUUCUCAGACUAAUAAGAAGGUCAAGACACCUCAGAAACUUUUUGAGAAAAAUAAUUAUGAAAGAGAGGCACUGAAAGUUAGGAAGUCACCUAGAGAUUUAAGCAAGAAAAAUGCUCAAGGAGAUGCCGUUGAACAGACAACAGGCAAGUUGACUGAUAAUCAUUCAAAUGACAGCAAACAUGUUAAGGACUGGAAUAUUCCUCAGUCAGUAGGAAGUGUUCCUGCUUGUUUCAAAGAAGAUUGCAGAGUUGCGGGAGCAUCCUGUUAUGACUUUAAGAAGAAAAAAUCUGAAGAGCUGUUUCACUGUGGUCAGAUAUGGGCAAUAUAUGGCGAUAGGGAUAAUAUGCCCGAUACGUAUGCUCAAAUUAAGAAGAUUGAAUUUUCCCCUAAUUUUAAAUUGCAGGUGUCCGUGCUUGAACCCUGCUCACCACCCAAAGACUUGAAAAGAACAAUAUCUUGUGGUACCUUCAAAGUUAAGAAAGCCAAAUCACGGAUUCUAUAUCUCUCUGCAUUCUCUCAUAAAUUAAAUGUUGAACCCAUCGCAAAUAAUAGAUUUGAAAUUUACCCAAGAAAAGGUGAGAUUUGGGCUCUGUACAAGGACCAGAACUAUGAUGUGACAUCAAAUCAGGGCAGAGGUGGAUGCCAUAUAGUAGAAGUAUUAGCAGAUAGUGAUAAGACUAUACAAGUUGUUAUUCUGAUGCCGCUUAGCAGCUCUCUUCCAAUUUUCAAGGCUCCUAGAAUUCAGAGAUCUAAAACUGCUGUAAUUGAAAUAUUAAGAGAAGAGGUUGAUAGAUUUUCACAUCAGAUUCCUGCUUUUCAGCACAGUGGGGAAGACAAUGUUCAUUUCAGAGGGUGUUGGGAGCUUGAUCCUUCUUCCGUACCUGGUUUUUUCGUACAAAUAGACUGAAGUAUAGCAUUUUCUCACCCUCUCACCCACUUUGUUCAUUAUAGUGAACUUUCUGUUUUCUUGUAUGAUUUAACCCGCUCUUCUAUGUAAGAAGCAAUGUAUGGAAAUGUAUUAACAGAGAUUUCCUCAUUCCGUGUUUUGGCCACUUACAUUAGUUAAAUAAGCUGUUUUUAUAUUCUGGCCAUAUUUGUUGUGGGUGCUCGUAAUGGGCACCAUUGGCCAACGCCUAAUCUUGUGUUGGGACUUGACAAUCCGUAACCGUAUCUAUAACCCUGUUUCCUACGGUGUCCUGGGUUUGCUUCAAUUUGAUAAAUUUACUCUACCUCUGCUUUUCUUUACCCCGUUUUUUUCAUCUUACAUCACAGUUUUCAUUGUUUUUUCUCGUCUUUCUUAUCUUCACAAAGUGUAAAAUAUUGAGUGUACAAUGUUACAGCAUUUAUACUGCAAUUUAUCCUGUUAUGUACACACUUGGUAUUUUAGCCCUUAUAUUUUUCGUCUUAUCAGUUUUCCUUUUAAUGUGUUACACUUUAUAGGGGAGAAGUUUGCUAGUGCUUAUUGUAACCACCUUAUUCUUAUGAAGAUACAUUGCCAUUUCAUGAGGGCAUAAUAUCAUCAAUAGAAAUUU